AUGAAUCUAAGUAAUACGCAAAUUGCAUCAACGAGUUGUUCAACCUCGAAAAAUUCGAAUUCAGAUAACGAUGGCAACAAGAAAGCCGAUCUUUCGUCGCUCGAAUCUGUCGUUUUCAGCUCAUUAUCUGGAUAUCAGGCUAUACCUGUUAGAGUAAAAAUUUUGCUUCAUCGAGCAUUGGCUAAUUUAUCGGAGCACAAUGUUGAAUCCAUCUUGAAUCGAGCUGGUUGGACUAAAGAAAACUUUGAACGAGGUUUUAUGAUCGAGAGAAGCACAAUGCUUUUGACCUUGGCAACAUUCUGCAAAGAUCUUUUGCGAUAUUUCUAUGAUGCCUUGCAAACUCGUAUAUAA